AUGAGGAUCUGGUGGAGGCGGGCGUGGAAGGCGUGGUGCUGUACCUGGAGGCGCCCCCGGGGCCAAUCGCCGCCUCUCGUGCCGUCAUCUGCAUCAACUCCAUUCACCGCGGGCGAGUGCCGGGUGCUACCGCUGGAUGUCCUCAACGCGCUGGGCUGGACGGAGGACUACGUAGAAAACCUGACAAUGCGCCCCUACCCCGUCUUCCGGCCCAGUUCUCUUCUGCGCAAGCGCACCAUCUUGGUCUCGGCCAGAAAAGGAGUCGGAAAGUCCAAGGCCUUUUGCCCGUGGCUGGUGGCCAUGGUCGAGCUCAAUCCCGGCUUUUCCUUCCUUCUGAUUGGGGCCAAUAUUUCUCUGUCCCUCAAGUACUACGAGGAAUUGGUGGACGCAGGCGUGCAAGAUGUCGUGCUUUAUCAAGAGGCGCCCCGAGGGCCAAUCACCGCCUCUCGCGUCGUCUGCUGCAUCAACUCCAUUCACCGCGUGCGCGCCAGCAUGGACCUCGUCUCGAUGGACGAGAUGGACAUGGUGCUCAGCAACCUCAACUCCGAGGUCAUGCAACAGCGGGGGCGGGUGUUGUCUUGCCUUGAGGGCCUCGUGGAGAGGGCAAAGGUCGUGAUUGGCAUGGACGCCAACAUCGACUGCGCACGGGUGAUGGAGUACCUCUUCAUGGUCCGGCCGGAUGGGGGGCUUCACACCAUCCGGAACACGGGCCUGUAUCCGGCCGAGAGGCGGGCGACCAUCCGGAUCUUCCCGCCAGAGAGCGGGCUGCUCAAAUGCAUCGGCGCCGCGGUGCAGGAUGUCCUGCACCGUGUUGCUCGAGGCACAAAAGUCGUCUGCCCGUCGACCUCCAAGCGCUUCGUGAAAUAUCUCGAACACGAGUUCAACGUUGAGAACCCACCCGCCGAAUCCGAUCGACGCGGCAUCUUCCUGCACGCCGACAAGAGGUCGAAAGCCGACGAGGAGUUCUUCCAGAAGGCGAUGGCCGAGCCCGACACCUACCUGGAGGCGGACUGCGUGGCUUUCUCUCCGAAGCUAGGCCCAGGGGUCUCGAAAGAGAAGCCAUACGCCGAGCAAACCGUUGCCUUUGCCCUCAACAACCUCAACGGCCCUCCCGUUGAGACGCUACUCCAGCAGCAUGCUCGCUUCCGGACGGUGACUGACUCCACCAUCUACUACAAGCAGGUGUUCACGCCAGCAGUGGACCUGCCGCGCUCUACAGAGGCGGUCUUUCAGGCGAUCGAGCGGGACGACAGGCAGAUCGUCCAUAUGCUCGGUGACGCCUCUGGCUUUCACUUUCUGAGAGGUUCGCAGGGCAUCUGCGACCGAUCCUCAGCGAGCUGCGUCUUGUACGCGAACAACAUCCUCGCCAAGGUGGAAAGCUACUUUGAGUAUGUGCCAAAGCUGAAGGCCGACCUGGAAAAGCAGGGCUACGAGGUGACGGUUGAGCAUGUCGAGCCACGGGGCAUCCUGGGGCGCCCGCCCCCAGACGUACCUCUCGGCUUCGAUGCGGAGCCAGAGCUUCUGGCCGACGAAGAAUGGCGAGCCAAGUACAUCAUCGGUCCGGACCAGUACGAGAUCCUGUGCGACAGGCAUGAGGACCUGAGCCCGAGGGAGCAGCUCCAGGAAUUUCUCUUCGAGAUGGUCACGAAGGAGUACAAGGUCGACCCUGGCCGGGUUGAUCACGACUUUUACGUCCGCUUUUGCGCUGACACGCCCGAAGCAAAGCGGACAAGAGAGGCUCACACAAACUAUCUCAGAUUUCGUGAGAACCGCUUCAACACCCUCGCCAUGGACCUGGACAGAGCACUCGAGCAGGUCAACAAAGCGGGCGUAGUUCAGGAGUACGUCCAGGAACAGCACCACCCGCUCAGCCGUGUGCCGUUUGCGGUGCGCGUCCUUGCCUUCCUGGUGGACUGCAAGGAGGAGGAGCUGGACCAUGAGGCAGAGCGGUGGGAGGCUUCGGAGGAGCGCGUGCAGGCUGUCUAUGCGGAGCUCAUCGGGUCUAGCAAGAGCCGGCUAAAGACCAUUUACAACCUGUAUGGCUUUGUGCAGCAGACCUCAAGGCCCACGCAGGCUGCCGAUGGGAGAGAGAAAGAGAGCAAGGCUCAGAAGCGAAAUGCAGUGGGGAACGUGCUCAGAGCGGGCCUUGGAGUUGAGCUACAGAAGGGCUCAAAGAGUGGUGGCAAAUUCAAGCAACCCCACUCGUUGACGCCCGCAAUUUGCUUAGGAUUGCAUGAGCGGUAUCGUUCGUUCGAAUUGGACAUGGACGCAGGGGCUGAGUGCACAAUUGAGCCGCUAGAGGUGUUAAGCUCCCAGUUUGAGAGUUUAUGAAUAUGCAUUAGACUGAGCUAGGUUUGAAUAGCAUCUUACGAGACCAUAUUUAUUAUUGGCCUUAUCAAUCAAACUGAUUGAAGAGAUGCAUUGCUUUGAAGGUUCCCAUUUGCAUUGAAAGGUGUUGCAAUGAGACAAGUCGCCUAAGCUCGCAUGAC